UUGGAUUCAGUUUCAAAACGGUCGCCAGCGAACUCAUAUCGCGAGUAACGGAUAAUAAAAACGGAUAACGAACAAUAACGGAUAACGAAUAAAUAACGGGCUAAACGAAACGAUGAGUCGACAAAGUAGAGGACAGCCAACGUCCUCGAGAAAUUCCGCUAUAUACGAGGAUUCUGACUCUUUUAAGUAUGUCGAUAUAAGGGAUAUUGCAGAAAGACAGAGAAAAAUUCAAAGAAUGUCCAUGAGAAAUUCUGCUCUGUUCGACGAUUCAAAUGCAAUAAUGAUGCCGGAGGCUCAGCCUUUGCAGAGAAUGUCUAUGGUGGAGAAGCCCCAGCGAGUGGAGCCCCAGCCCGAAAGGAUACACAAGAGUCAUAGUUGCACCGACGUUCAUUGUCUGCUGUUGUUCGCAUGUGCUGUAGUAGCCUGGUUCUAUAUAGCCCAUUAUGCUUUGACCAAUGGGGAUCUGAACAAGGUGCUUAUACCCACAGACUCGAACAAUCGUAAAUGUGGUUAUGAUUCUGGAGUGAAAAAUAAACCCUAUUUAUUUUUCUUCGAUCUGCUUAAAUGUGCCGAUGCCAUGACCCCAUUGACGGGAUGCCAGACCAAACAGAUAUGUGUGGAAAAAUGUCCCGAACAAACUUUCUACUGGCAGGGUAAUGAGAAAGCCCAAGAUUUAGAGGGAAUCAAGCAGCAAAUAAUCUGUGAGGAUGGAGUGGAUGUAAAUGCCUUCAGACGAAUCGAAGACGUGUCUCGAGCAAUUGACGACGGCCGCUGCAGUGGGUCGUAUUUUGAAAGUCAACCUAUAUUCAAUCGUUGUGUACCAUUUCCCCGUGAGGAACUUUGCAGCUUGGUACCGGACGCAAUAAGAGAAAGAAAGCGUAGGGAACUAGCUGCAAAAAUAACUGCUAACCCUAAUGGACAUGAACUGCAAUCAAUGGCCCUAGUGGGUUUGGAGGAUAUUAAAAAAAACUUUUUUUUGUUUAAAAAUUCCACUAAAGCCUUUUGCGCUGAAAACAACAAAAAAAUCAUGCUGCUGAAGAACAAAGCCGAGGAUGCCAAUACCGGACUGACUAGAAUAAUCGCAGCCAUAUUAUCGAAAUUCACCAACGAGAACAGUGAGAAUGUGGCCGAAUAUAUAAAAAAAGAUCUGAAGGCUUCGUGGAAAGUCGUUGCUAUAGCAUUUAUACUUCACAUCGUUAUUGUUUUGAUAUUUAUAACGCUAUUGAGAUGGGUGGCCAAGCCCCUUAUAUGGAUUUCAAUUUGUGGUGUAAUUGUAGGGCUGGUUAUGAUGUUACUGCACAGCAUGCAACAAUAUAUGUUCUUUCGUAAUUCACCCCAAACUCCGCUGCACCACUGGCAUUUGAAGGCCCAACUGGAGAAUAUAUUGAAAAAUGAUCAAUUCUGGCUGUACCUUUCGGUGGUAACGGGAGCCAUACUCACCAUUAUUGUGCUAAUAGUUAUUGUGAUAAGGAAACGCAUUAGCAUUGCCAUAGCCAUUGUAAAAGAGGCCAGUAAAGCUAUAACCUCCAUUAAAUCAUCGAUUUUCUUUCCCCUCUUCCCCGGAUUCCUAUACAUUAUCGUUACCCUAAUGGCUGGAGUAGUCUUCCUGUACUUGGGCUCGGUGGGAUCUUUGACAUACCGCAAGUACAAUCAAUUCGAGGCCUCCAUUGGCUCGCGUGAAACCUGCACCUGCACCGGGGAAGCUUUGAACUACACAUUGGGCGGCAUUUGUGAUCCUGUAAUUUUCGAAUCGAAUUGUUUCAUCAGUGGCACCCGUAAGCCAUGCUUGGAGACGGUUUGUCGUUUUGUGGAGAUAAAACAUAAUGCGACUACCCAAUGGUACAUAUACUUCAAUGUGUUUGUCUUCUUUUGGGUAACGUUUUUCAUAGCGGCCUAUGGCGAAAUGGUGUUGGCCUCCACUUUUGCCAUGUGGUAUUGGACAUUCGACAAGAAGGAUCUCACCUCAACACCUCUGCUAAAGGCCAUGGGUCGAACCACUAUAUAUCACUUGGGUACCAUUGCUUUUGGUUCGCUCAUUUUAUCCAUAUGCCGCAUGAUACGUUGGAUCCUCGAACUCAUGGAGAAGAAGCUAAAACUGUAUGACAACGCUGUGGUUAAAGCCAUUCUCUGCUGCAUGAAAUGCUUCUUUUGGCUAUUAGAGAACUUUCUGCGUUUUCUCAAUCGAAACGCCUAUAUCAUGUGUGCCGUCCACAGCACAAGUUUUUGCGCCAGUUCCCGCAAAGCCUUCGCCCUGAUAACACAAAAUAUUCUGCGGGUAUUUGCAAUUGACAAUGUUUCGAAUUUUCUCUUUUUCCUCUCUAAGCUUCUACUCACUGGCUGUACAUCCUUUAUCACAUAUCUGUUGUUGAUUACAUAUCCUGGCGUCAUACCCAUCACCUUUCCUUUGGUUCCGGUAUCCUUGGUAGCCAUUUUGGGUUAUGUGUUGGCAGAUGUUAUUUUUAGCACCUAUUCGAUGGCCGUUGAUACUUUAUUCUUUUGUUUCUUGGAGGAUUCCAGUGAAAAUGAUGGUUCCACUGCGAAACCAUUCUACAUGUCCAAAGAACUUAGAAGGCUUUUGGGUAAGAAGAUCCAAAAGAAGAAGACAAUGCAAUGAAAGAAAUUAUGCUAUGGUGACUCUUAAACCAACAAAAGAUAAGUUUCAUUUAUUUACCCAAAUACUAGUAAAAAUAAGGUUAAAAUGUUACAUAAAUUAAUUAAAUGCAUAUUAUUAUUAUUAUUAAAAUAACAUCUUUUAUGCUGAAAUAAAAUUUUUUUAACGUACCCAAA